GAGAGGGGAGAGAAAUCAAAUUUCCAACGAACAAAGUGACAUCCAUGUUUUCAAACUCAGUUUGUGUUGUUUCGAAUAAAAAAAGGUGAAUUUUGCUGAAAAUUACUUAAUUAAUCACAGUAAACUCCGUAAAAAUGACCGAUCCAGUCCUGCUGCGACACCUCAAAGGCCACAAAAGCAAAGUAACGGGCAUUUCGUUUAAUCAGGAAGGGAACCGUUUUGCGACGAGCUCCUCCGACAACACGGCCAUCGUUUGGAACAUUAACGAGCAGGUGCGAUGCAUGCGGUUCGAGGCACACACCGAUGUGGUCAACGACAUCUGUUGGUCUCCGGCCAACGGUCAGAUAGUGGCCACGGCGUCCAAAGACCGCACCGUUAAGAUCUGGACGCCGGCGCUGAUGGGCAACUGCGACGAGUUCCGGGCGCACACGUCCAACGUGCGCUCGGUGGACUUUGAUUCGCGCGGACGGAAGUUGAUUACGGCCUCGGACGAUAAGUCGAUCAAGCUGUGGCGGGUUUCGAGGAAGCACUUUAUUUCGUCCUUCACCGGUCACACGAACUGGGUUCGGUGCGCGCGGUUCUCGCCGGAUGAUAAGCUGAUUGCGUCGUGCGGAGAUGACCGCACGCUGAAGCUGUUCGAUCCCAACUCGGGCCAGUGCGUGCACAGCUUCGUGGACCAGAAGGGUGCCGGCAAUAAGGUGGCCUGGCAUCCGGAUGGUUCGUUGGUGGCGAUUGCGUUGGACAAUGCACGGGUUAAGAUCUUCGACAUUCGGAUUAGGAAGCUCAUCCAGUACUAUCGGAUAUUCGAGGGUGCCGUGAACUCGCUGGACUUUCACACGUCGGGCCAUUACAUGAUCACAGGAAGUGACGAUGCGGCGGUGAAGGUUAUCGAUCUGCUCGAGGGACGACACAUUUACACGCUGACCGGUCACACCGGACCGGUGACGGCGGUCAAGUUUAGCAAGGAUGGGCAGUUGUUUGCGACGGCGAGCGAGGAUCGGCAUAUCAUGCUGUGGAAGGUCAACUUUGCCAGCGAAACGUCGGACAACUCGCUCUACUCGUCCGAGUGCAGCGACCUGCAGCCCCAGGAUGCUCCCAAACAACUAGCUCCUCCGUUCAGCAAGAAGCUCACGUACGACGAGAGCCGCGGCACCGACGACGACGACGAGGGCUCCCGCUUCAACGAAAACAAGGAGAACCACCCGGACACGAGCAUCCUGGUGGACGCCCGCAAGACGGACAACUUUCACCUGACGGACGCGAUCGAGGAAAUUGUAAUAAGACUAUGCAAGAGUCCGCGGGUGCGCUGCCGGUCCGAGUCGUGUCUGAGCCCGGCGUCCCCCGGAACGGUUGACGAAGCGGACGUGGCGAGUCCGGUGGAGGCGAUUGAGAAGCGGUUUUUGCGUAAAUUUAGGGCGCUUGAAACGGUCGUGGCCGGGCUCGAACGCAGGAUCGCGAUGCUUGAAGAUGUUGUGCUGAAUCGAAGUUGAGGGAAGUUUCGUUCAUGAUUAUUCGUUCAUUUGCGCGUGUACAUAAUUUCAAAACAAGUUUAUAUUUCUACUCGCACAUCAUUUUUUCUUUUCGCCCAUUUUCAAACACAAGUCACAGCUUUUCACUUCUGUCGACGCUACCCAUUCUAUAAUAUAUAUUAAAUUUUAAUUAGUUUAUUACAUACACAGAAUAAAGAACCAUAUUUUAACGAAAAUAGAAA